AUGAAUGUGGAUAUAUGUAAGCAAGCAAGUGAGCUGGCUAACAGUGUCACAUUGAGCAUUGUUCUCACUGUUAUAAUUAACAUGUCAAUUAUAGCAAUUCCUCUUGAAAUAUGGAUAGUGUUUAAAACAACAAAUCGUAUUUUACUGCAUCAAAAUACUCGAAUUUUAAUUAUCACACAUCAGCUAUGGCUUAUUUCCCAUUGUAUCGCAAG